CUCACUCACUCACUAUCUCUCUCUCUCUCUCUCUCUCAACAAUGAAUAUAUCUGUGUGUGUGUGUGUGUCUGAGAGAGUGGUGCAGCGUAAGGGUUUAAGGUUUUGAGAGUCCAAGUCGGUGCGUGGCAGUGAACCUUCUUCCACCUGUCAACAGUGAAAAUUUUCCCAGAUUGCUUUUAGAUUCCUGGAAAAUACCUCGAUUUUCUAGCCUCAAAAAGAAAAUAAUAAAAACAGUGGCCGCCGCUAAGCUCACCACUUCUCUCAUAUUAUUCAUUUUCCCCUGCUUUCUUUCAUGGCUGAACCUUCUCUUCCAUUGCGAAAGAAUGGUAUGAAUUCAAAAGAAAAGGCUGUUAGAGUAUGGUACAGAAGACAAGGUUGUAAAUUUUCAUCCUCUGCUUCUGCCCAAGACCUGAGAUGUUUCGAGAUGGAAAAGGAGAAAGAAGACACCUCCUCUCCAAGGGGAGUUUUAGAAGCAUUUAUAAGAGGUUUGGACACUGAGGCAGUUUCUCCCAAUCCAAAGAUCCUACAACGUGAAAUCCAUUCUUCAAAUUCACAGGCGCUUUCUCGUUGGCGAGGAUUCUCAGUACUUUGGAAAAAAAGCUCAAUAAAGCGCUUACCCUCCUUCCCGCCUUUUGCUGUGCCAAAGAUAUCAAGAAGAGAGAGCAGAAGUGUGGGAGAAAAUGUAGAUACAGAUUUCUGUUAUUUCAAGUCUUCCUGGAAAAACUUCACCUUCUCUGAGCUCCUAACUGCAACCAACAAUUUUAGCAAAGACAAUCUGAUCGCAAGGGGUGGUUACGCUGAAGUUUACAGGGGUUGUUUGCCAGACGGGCAGCUCGUAGCAGUUAAGCGGCCAAACAAAGGGACUACAGAAGAUCAGAUAAUAAGCUUUUUAACUGAGAUUGGCACUAUAGCCCAUGUAAAUCAUCCUAAUACUGCAAAGUUGAUUGGGUUUGGAGUUCAAGGUGGAACAUAUGUUGUUCUUCAGUUAUCUCCUCUUGGGAGUUUAGGAUCGCUUCUUCGUGGCUCAAAGGAAAAACUAGAUUGGGCUGUUAGGUAUAAGAUUAUUCUAGGGACUGCUGCUGGCCUGCUCUAUCUUCACAUGUAUUGCCAAAGGCGAAUUAUUCACAGAGAUAUCAAGGCUGAUAAUAUUCUUCUUACAGAGGAUUUUGAGCCUCAGAUUUGUGAUUUUGGGCUCGCAAAAUGGCUGCCAAAAGAAUGGACUCACCACACUGUAUCAAAAUUUGAAGGCACAUUUGGCUAUUUUGCUCCGGAAUACUUCAUGUAUGGAAUAGUGGAUGAGAAAACUGAUGUGUUUUCUUUCGGGGUGCUACUGUUAGAACUCAUUACAGGCCGUGAAGCUUUGGAUGAUUCACAGCAAAGCCUGGUGCUUUGGGCAAAGCCUUUGCUCGAUAACAAUAAUGUCAAGCAACUUGUGGAUCCUUCUCUUGGUGAUAAUUAUGACCUAGAAGAGAUGGAUCGUGUCAUCUUAACUGCCUCUUUGUGCAUAGAGCAGAGUCCAAUUCUACGUCCUCGAAUGAAUCAGGUUGUGAUACUUCUAAGAGGUGAAAAUUACUUCCGGGGGUGUUCAAAAGAAUGUCAAAAACGUUAUCUCCAACGAACUUUCUCAGAAGAGCUCUUGGAUGCAGAAGAAUACAGCUCAACAAAGUGUUUCAGUGAUCUCAAUCGACAUAAGGAAGUUGCUUUGGGUUCCUGAAAUCAGUAGUCAAACUAUAAAAAAUAUGCGGUUAUACCAUGGUUUUAAAUAUCAGCCGUUAUUCAUUAAUAGAUCGGUCAAUACUGUCCAAUACUAAUAUUUGAUUGUAUCGCCAAUUCUGAUACAUAUCCAAAUACUGUUAUUUAAAACCAUGGUUGUGACCAGUUUCCGGUGACUUUAGUAA